AACUUGCGAUCCUGGACGAUCAUAUCGUGGUUCAUCUUUAGGUGGGAAGGCUUCAUAAAUAUCUAACCACAAUGGCUUGUCUUCUUCUCUCAUACCCCCAGCUCUGAGAAGACCAGUCGUUCUAAAAAUGCGUUGAUGAGAUUGUGGAUAGCGAAAUUCGCGAAAUUAUUUUUGAAGAAAUGGUGAAUAUCGAAGAAAAUAAAAUUGUAAGAAUCGGCCGAGUUCUAAAUGACGAUACAAGGCCGUUGAAGGAAAGAUUCCGUGCUCUGUUCACGCUGAAGAAUAUUGGAGGUUAUGCGGCAAUCGAUCAGAUAAAUAACUGUUUUAAAGACUCAUCGGCUCUAUUGAAACAUGAAUUAGCUUACUGCCUCGGACAAAUGCAAGACAUACGUGCUUUACCUGUCUUAGAGAAGGUGCUCAGAGACACAUCCCAAGAACCGAUGGUUCGGCAUGAAGCAGGUGAGGCACUUGGAGCAAUUGGUGAUACUUCAGUCAUACCGAUCCUUGAAGAAUACAGUCGAGAUCCAGUCAUUGAAGUCGCGGAGACCUGCCAGUUAGCUUUGAGUCGUUUGAAAUGGCUUUCCGACCCAAAGAACUCGUCGCAAGAUCUUUCCACUAAUCCUUAUGCAUCCGUCGAUCCUGCUCCACCAGCUCUUACUAGCGACAUCAAUAAACUGAAAGAACUAUUAUUAGAUGAACAAGCCUCGCUGUUUGACAGAUAUCGGGCAAUGUUUUCUCUGCGAAACUUGAAAACUGAUGAAAGCGUGCUCGCAUUAGGUGAAGGACUCAAGGCUGGCAGUGCCUUAUUCAGACAUGAAAUAGCAUUUGUAUUGGGACAGCUACAGGAAGAAAUUUCCAUCCCUCACCUCUGUGCAUCAUUGGAAGAUCCGGAUGAGAAUGAAAUGGUGCGGCACGAGUGUGCCGAAGCUUUGGGCUCCAUUGCUACUCCAGACUGUAUGAAAGCAUUGAACAAAUACCUUGGAGAUAGUAAGCGUGUAGUCCAUGAAAGUUGCAUUAUUGCAUUAGACAUGUGCGAGUAUGAGAACAGCCCAGAAUUUCAAUAUGCAGACACCUUAACAAAAGUCUCCUCCUAAACCCCGCCCAAUUCUACUGAUUUUUCAAUAAUGGACUUCACUCACCUCUCACAAAUUGUGUAUAGUUGAUGAUUUUGUAAAAAUUCUACCAAUUAACUAAAAUAUUUGUAAAUUGAAAGUAUAUUUAAUAUGUUGUUGAGAAA